GCAUUAAAGUUUGCAAACAUAGAUGGACACUUUUUGCAUGAACCCACCUUGUUAUUAAUUUGUUCAGCUGAAUUUUCAAGAAAUAUUCAUUUUGUAUGAAUAAUACAGUUUUACCCAACAGUCACCGGGCUCACAGCGGAAUCGCGAGAGGCUAAAUUCUCGGACAUUAUAGAAAACUUCUUACAUACAUAGAGUCUGACAUUCAGUGCUUGACAAGAGGAGGCUGUCCUUGUGGCUACCGAGUUAGCUAGCAGUACGAGCUAAACAACGACAACAAAUGUCCCGCACCAGCAUCAAACAUCUACACGGGUGUGAAGUUACCGGUCAGAGCUGAAGGUUUAGGUCCAUUCCAGGCCUAAUGUCAUCCAGUCCCAGAGAGGAGGGGCGUCAAUCCCAGGCUCCCCCAAACAGCAAUACCCAAGAGCUCUUUUUCAACUCCACUCAGUCUGUGUCCCCAGGGAAUACAUCUGUCAAUCUGGUAUUGCCUGUGGUGGACGAUUCUUCUUCUUCAACAUCCUCCUUGGAAAUGUAUGACAUGGAGCCAGUCCCAGCUCCGUACCAUGAAGUGCAGCCUCACUGGUUCUACUGUCGACGGGCUACUGACAAUGCCUCCUGGCUUCCUUUCAGCAGAGAAGACUCUGACAAACUAGAGAGGGCCUGCGACACUGCAGGAGAUCAGGAGGAGGUAGUGGUGAUUGCAGUGGACGGAGAGCGGUAUGACGUUCAUGUCAAAGAGAGGAAAUGCUACGCUGUGUACUGGGAGCAAGCUCCAUCUGAAGUCCGCCGCUGUACCUGGUUCUACAAAGGAGAUAAAGACACCAGGUUCCUGCCGUACCCUGAAGACUUCAGCAAAACCCUGGAGGAGGCUUACAUGAUAGCAGUGACCUUGGACGAAUGGAAGAGAAAGCUAGAGUUUCCCACAGGAGAGACUGUCAUUUUACACAAUCCCAAACUGAUAAUGCAGUAUCAGCCUAUCGGAAUGCAAGAUGAGUGGAUGACCUCUCCCUCAGAGCAAACCCGACCUCGAACAGUCAAGAGAGGUGUCAACAACAUCUUUGUGGAAAUACCUGAUGGUGAACCAGAGAAGGUGGACCAUCUUGUCUUUAUGGUGCAUGGCAUUGGUCCCGCUUGUGACUUGCGCUUCAGAUCCAUCAUACAGUGUGUAAAUGACUUCAGGAGUGCUUCUCUGUCCCUCCUGGCUUCCCAUUUUAAACGAGCUCAGCAGGAUGGUCAGGUGGGCAGAGUGGAGUUCCUGCCUGUCAACUGGCACAGCGCUCUACAUGGGGAUGCCACUGGUGUGGAUGAGGACAUCCAGAGGAUCACUCUCCCCAGUAUCAGUAGACUGAGACAUUUCACCAACGACACUCUGCUGGAUCUCUUUUUCUAUAACAGCCCCACCUACUGCCAGACAAUAGUGGACACAGUGGCCUCAGAGAUCAACAGGCUGCUCAUCCUCUUUAAACAGAGACACCCCGAUUUCAGUGGGGCCAUUUCAGUAGUGGGCCAUAGCCUGGGUUCACUGAUCCUGUUUGACCUGCUAACCAAUCAGAGGUCUGGAUCAGAAGCCAGAGAUGGGGUGCCGUCUGCUGAGCCACGCCAUCUGAACUCUUUGGAGCAAACUCUGACCAGACUGGGCCUGCAGCAAUACCUGGAUACACUGCAGGCUGAGAACCUGGACAUGGAGUCACUGGCUAUGUGCAAUGACAGUGAUCUCAAAGAUUUAGGAAUUCCCCUUGGACCUCGGAAGAAGAUCUUGAACUAUUUCAGGAGGAAAUGGCUUCCAGAGGAUUGUAAGAACGGUACAGUGCGUCUGGCACCAGGUUUGCAAGUUGCACCUGAAGUGAACAGAGAUGGUGAUGGUAACCAGUUUUCCGAAGUGAACCAACCGCACUUCCACAGGGCACAGUCUGUCACCAGUGCUGUCGACUAUGAAUACUUUGACAUGGGCAUCGGACAGACCAAUGGAAGCAUAGCCAAGGGGCAGGUAUCUAUUGAUUACCCACAGCUUUCAUUCCAACCUCAGACAUUUUUUGCAUUUGGCUCUCCUAUUGGAAUGUUCCUCACUGUCCGUGGGCUCAAACACAUCGAUCCAAACUACACCUUCCCAACCUGCAAGAGCUUUUACAACAUCUAUCACCCGUACGACCCUGUGGCCUAUCGAAUAGAGCCCAUGAUUGUUUCAGAGGUGGAUCUGCAGCCCAUGCUAAUCCCUCACCAUAAAGGUCGCAAGAGGAUGCACCUGGAACUGAAGGACAGCCUGACCCGUAUGAGCAUGGACUUGAAGAACAAUGUCUUGGGAUCGUUACGAACGGCGUGGCAGUCUUUUUCUAGACUCCCUGUCGCUGCACUGCCCCCAUUGGAGGAAGGAGAGACUACACCAGAGAGAAACCUUGAAGAGACACCGGCCUUAGCCUCACCAUCAGUCGUUGCUUCUUCUAAGGAGGAAGAGAAAAGUGCUGAUUUUUGGACUAAAAUACUGGAGUGGCCCAGGGCCCUUAAUUUGCAUUACUUCCAAGGAGUGUGUGAGGAGACCGAGUCCUCCGAGUCAGCAGAGCAGAGUGAGCAUCCAGAGAUUAAAGUGGGGAUGUUGAAUGGAGGACGCAGGAUUGACUAUGUGCUUCAGGAAAAACCCAUUGAGAGCUUUAACGAAUACCUGUUUGCCAUCCAGUCACAUCUGUGUUACUGGGAAUCUGAGGAUACAGCUCUACUGCUGCUGAAGGAGAUCUAUGAGAAGCUGGGUGUGGCCUUUGAACAACCACAACUGUAAUAGGAUUUAGCAGCUAUGAACUAAAAUGGACUCUAAUCUGAAAAUGAGAAAAUAAGAACCAGAUGACCAAGCCAGAAUGCCUUACGCCUGGAUUUUACCUGAGUCUUCCAACAGUGGAGACUGCUCGGCUGUGAUCUUGUUUCAGACAUGACAGUUUAAGUUUAGAAUUUACAGUUUUGGUGGCCUCUUGAUGCUGCUGUAACUCCCACUGGGUUUGGUGUCUGAUAGUUUCACUGUCAUGCUCCUGGUAGGUCUUUUCCUUUUUGGUGGAAUCAUGGUCCAUUUUUCUUUACUUUGCACUUUAAUUUCCCAACAAUUGCUGAUUGGUUGUGGUUGGAGCUGCAGAAUAAAAGCCUGCAUGUCCAACAGGAUUUCAUUUCAUGCGCACACAUAUACUGCUAUUUAUAAAAACCCCAUUUUGAAAAUUCUACUAUAUAAUUUUAUAUAUUUUGUUGUCGUGUGUACAGCAUCCAAAACUACAAAGGAAUGUAGAAUUAUAAUUCACCAUAGAUGCUUUUAAAGCUCACUUAAUAAAUACCCAUUUGUCUGUCACAUGUUUUUACGGCAGCUCAUUUUACAUUUCAGGUGAAGUUCUAUACUGAGUGUAAAUGAGGGUGAAGUGCAUAUUUACCUUCCUAAAACAUUUGUUUUUCAUUUGGAAUAUGAAUUCCAGUUUGUUUGUCUCAACUGCACUGGAAAGAGUUGUAUUAGAAAUGAAUACAGAAGUGCAGGUGAUGACAGGAUGUAUGCGCAUGCGCGGCUGAUAACAGUAUUUUGUAGCAAACUUAACACAAAGGUCGGGUCCACGUUCUCCUUCAUCAUCAUCAUGUCCUCUCGGCUAUCUUUGCUGUACACACAUACAGCAGUGAAUACACUUAUCUAUCCCAUAAUAUACCAAGACAGAGUGGGAUCUGACUAAUGUUUAUAAAAAGCUAAGGGCCAAAUCAUACAUGCUGCUCCUCAUCUGUUCCUUUGUGUAAAGGUGUAUAAUUCGAAUGACCAUUUCUGUCUGCAUUGCAUGUCCCUCUUAUUUUUUUAAGCAGGAAUUAUGAGAGCUGUCAAAUUAAAUUUUAUGAAAUAUGUUUGAGAAUAUAAACAAAUACAUUAUUUAGAAAUAGUUUGCUUUAAAGCUUAUCAUAUUUAUUUUAUAAAAAAAAUAAAACUAUAUAUAUAUAUAUAUUUAAAAAUAUCCAAAGUAUCUUUCAUGACACCGUUCUGUUGGUUUGAUUUAACUUUAAAUGACUGUAUAUUAUGCAUUGUUGGGGUGUUUACAGCCUCCACUACCAAAGCUCGGAAUGACCUGUAUGUAACAUCCGCACAAUUUACGAAGAACCAAAUGAGGUUGUUAAUUUUCUUUUUCUUUAGAUAAGCACUGAAGACCUAAUGACUUUGCUGAAAUACUUUUCUUUGACUUCACAAUUGUCUUCUGUUUCUGUAAAUGUUAGUAUAAUAAAGCAGGACUGACUAGUUUCUGCUUCCUCUUUCCUUA